CAACGUGUUUUCAAAGAUGCACACUCUUAAAUUUUUAACCGCUGGAUUAUUGUUAAUCUUUUCUACAACAGUUACUGGCCAGAAGUUACGAUUUGUGUCACCUGCUCAAGACACAGUUGUCAAACCGGGGCAAAAACUGACCCUCAAGUUACAGUUUCAAUCUCCUUCUUCAUCCGACACACAGAUCGCUUGGGAGCUUGGACUCAACGGGUUUGCAAAUGAUCCCACUUCCCUUGGCCGUCCACUCGUAGCGAGCCUUGGAGCUGGAGCUGCCGGCGCAACAUACAAGUCGGACGAACAAACGUAUUACUGGGAUGUUACUUUACCCACUGCAGAUAAGUUUUUGGAUGGAUUUGACAAGACUUACCGAUUGACCUUUUCGCAGUACUUCUUAGAUAAGAAUGCCUUUUCCCCUAUGUUAAACACUAUCUCUGUUCCUGUAAAGCUUCAAAAGGCUUGAGUGUUCGUUUUUGAGAUGACGUGAUCAAUGUCCGACUUUUUCAUACAUUUUUUGAAUCUCUUGGUGAUCUGCCUCCUUGUUUGUACUUGCCUUUGGUCAACUGAAUGUGUCGUUAAAAUCCGAAACAGUAUGUAUGUGACAUGGCACUUAAUCAAGGCCCUUCUUCAAGAUCUCUCC